AUGUACCACUGUCCAAAUGUACCCCUGUCCCAGUGUACCCCUGUCCAAAUGUACCCCUGUCCCAAUGUACCCCUGUCCCAAUAUAACCCCUGUCCAAACGUACCCCUGUCCAAACCACACUCAAACACGCUCUCUGUCUCUUCCAGCUACGAUGCACGAGGGCCAAAAGGUCUAUUGCAGCCUGACGAGGUGCUGGAAGGCCGUGGGAAGUUUGACACAAGCGCUAGUCCGGCCCGGCUCCUCCUUGACCCAGUAGCCACCAGCGACCAGGGAGUCUAUACUUGUCGCGUUGACUUCCUCCACUCUCCCACUCAAAACACCGUGGCCAAUCUUACUGUUAUAGAACCACCACGGAACUUAACAAUAACAAACGAGGCUGGAGUGAGAGUGAGACAUCGAAUAGGGCCGAUUAACGAAGGCUCUCCACUCUCACUCUCUUGCUACGUAACUGGAGGGCGCCCCCAGCCGACAGUCACCUGGUGGUCGGACAGGCUGCUGGUGGAGAGGAAAUCUGAGGUGACGCCCAAGGGGGAAAUUAGGUCAGAUUUGCUUAUUCCUGAGGUGAACAGGGCACAUCAUAUGCAAACUUUCUCGUGUCAGGCCCAGAACAACAAUCAACAGAGGCCACUGUCACAGGAGGUCACUAUUGACAUGAACCUGCGACCCCUGAGCGUGCGUGUGGAGGAGCGCUCUGACCCUUUAGUGGCCGGCCAACAGUACUCCUUCUCCUGUGAAAGUCAAGGAUCAAGGCCGCCAGCCACUAUUACUUGGUUUGAGGACGGAGUGGAGGUGGACUCGCUCAGAACUCAUACGCGUUCAAGCCCCGGGGAGAUCACUAUAGGCACUCUGACCCUUGUGCCAACCCAGGGCGACCACGGAUCCUCGCUCAAGUGCCAAGCCAGUAACCCUUUAGUGCCUGGCAGUGGUAUAAGUGACACUGUGGAACUUAAUGUGCAGUAUCCCCCCGUGGUGGUGCUGGAGAUGGGACGUAACUUGGUGCCCUCAGCCAUCAAACAAGGGGACGAUGUGUAUUUCGAGUGUCGAGUCAAGGCUAACCCACAGCCCUACAGAGUCACCUGGGCCCGGGGUGAGGAGGAGGUGCGCCACAACACAUCGAUGGGGGUCAUACUCAGCGGAAACAGCCUCGUCUUACAGCAAGUGGAGAGAAGUAGCGCUGGAGAGUACACGUGUGCGGCGACCAACACUAGAGGCACCAAGACCUCCAAUCCUGUCACCCUGGAUGUUAUGUACCCUCCGGAGUGUGUGCUGGAGCGGACAACAGUGCUGGCGGUGGGUCGCGGUGAAAGGGUCAACAUAUCUUGUAGAGUAUCGAGCAAUCCACCCAGAGCAACCUUUCACUGGCGCCUCAACGGAUCUGAGCGCACAUACACGUCUCGCGGGGAGCCUCUACCGCGCGGCCACGUCACCUCCCACUACGCGUUCGAGGGCGCCAGCGAUAAGGACUACGGAAUGCUGCACUGCUGGGCCAACAACAGCGUGGGAGUGCAGGAACAGCCAUGCAUGUUCCAAAUCAUUCCUGCUGGCCCGCCAUCAUCCCCGGAGCGGUGCGCAGUGGUCAAUAACACAGCGGAGAACAUCGAAGUGCAGUGCGAACGUGGAUUUGACGGAGGCAUGAGACAGCUGUUUCUGGCUGAAGUCUACGCCGAGGGAGGGUCACUUCACCUCAAUAGAACCUCAGUUGAUCCCGUUUUCUCCGUGGAUUCGCUCCGCCCCGGGACAGCUUACAAUAUCAGAGUUACUGCCUACAAUGAUAAGGGAAGGUCACCCCCUAUUCACCUCGAUGCUGUCACGUUGAAAGUCGCUGAGCAGAGAGUGGGCGAGAACAAGUCACUCCUGUACUCUCCCCUCAUCAUCAUUUUCCUGAGCAUUGUGGGAGUUUUCCUUACCCUCAUCGUCCUCCUCAUCAUUAUCACAAGAUGGAGGAAAAAUAUAACUGGCAACCCCGCAGCCACCCAGCCCUCCUCCCCCCCCGCGAAGUCCCCCCCUGCUGAAGAAAACGAGGCCAAAGACAAGGAAGAAAACGGGAAACAGAAUGCCACAGGGAAAAAGAAGAAGGUUGUGGUCAUAGAAAACGGAAUGAAGGAUUGUGUUGGUCACGUGGUGUCUGAUGUUAGCACUUCUAAAGAUGCACUGCUGGGUCGCGACUCCCUCACCCUCGCCAAUGGAUGCAUCGGUCACUACAGCAGCCUGGGUAGAGCCGCGCCGCCCUCAAACACACUCCCACGCCCGCCGAUGCCAUCCACCACACCUUCGCACACACGCCCUCUCCCUUCAACCACCCAGCAGUCGAUCCCGCCUCACACGCACUCGCUAACCCCACACUCGCUAUCCUCCAGUGUCUCGCAUAAUGACUUCCUGCAUUUCACACCUUCACAUUUAGGCAAGGCUGGUUCAGGGGCUGGAAAUCCAGUCUCGUAUGUGAAGUACUCCGAGACACUGCCCAGGAACCACGGGAGAGGCAACAGAGACCUAGACGAGUACACUGACUAUAGAAGGGAGUACAGGGAUGAGAACCCAGUGAGAUACGACGGUCGAAGGGGUAGUGUGGCCAUGGACGGGUACAAUGAAGAGGUGAUGGAAGCCUACAGCGACGGGUACCGCAACGAUGGGUAUGGUGUACUAGGCGGGCUGUCCAGAUUCCGUGCCAUUGAUAGUUAUAGAGGUGGGGGUAGUGGUAGUGGUGGGGAGGUGUAUGAGAUGAUAAACGGAGAUGGAGAAGCGAGAGGUGAAGGAGUAGGUGGUGGAGGAGGAGGAGGAGGAGGAGGAGGAGGAGGAGGAGGAGGAGGAGGAGGAGGAGGAGGAGGAGGAGGAGGAGGAGGAGAAUCUUAUAAUUUACUAGAUGAAAUAAGACACAAUCCUAAAUAUGUAGUGAGGACUCGGGGAGGUGACGGAAAUGACGAGAGUUUUGUGUGAAGGUGAGGAACAUGAGGUGAAAGUGACCUGAACAUUGCAUGAAGGUGAGCCACAAAAUGGAUAAAAAUGAUAAAAAUAAUCUUAAAAAACCCGUCUGGUCAAGAUCGAGGCUUUGUUGCGAGUGAAAGUGAAGUGAAAAUGAGUGAUAUGAUGUGAAAGUGAGCUGCUUUAAAAGGUGAUGAUGUGAUAGUGACGUCCAGUAAGGGUAGAUAUAAGAAGUAAAUCGAACUCUAGUGAAAGUGAGGUGAAAAUGAACAUGACAUGAAAGUGAGCUAUUGCAAAUUGAGAUGACGAAACGAUAAUGACGUCCGGUAAGAGUAGAGAUAAUGAGCAGAUCGAAUACCAGUGAAAGUGACGUGAAAAUGACAUGAAAGUGACGCAUACGAAGGGAAAUAACAAGUGUACAUAUAAUUCAAAAGAAAGUGAGGAAGAACAUGAUCCUUCAAAUAUAUAUAAAACAAAGGAUCAUGCAAAGUUUUGAGUGAAAGUGACGUGAGUGAAAGUGAUGUCUUGCCGGAGUGAUCUUGAAGUGAAAAUGACAACAUGUUCUGCCGCAGAGUAGGUCCAGGAUGCAUAAUGGGUGAAAGUGAGAUCCUGCAUUAGUGAACAUGACACGAACAUGACUCACGCAGGGGAACAAAACAGGAGAAUCAUAAAUCGCGGUGAAAGUGAAGGAAAAAUGACGCCAAUUGAAAUGAAUGAAGUAAAAAUGACGUCAACUGAAAUGAAUUAAUAAGUGAACAUGACAAAAUGAAAGUGACAUGUAGCAAACGUGUAGAGAAGUCAAGAUUUUUAGCGAAUAUGAGCUCAAAGGAAGAGAAAAUGAGGAAAAGAACAUGAGGACGAUAAAACACAACACAAAACACGAAUAUGAAACGAAAGUGAGCAAUAUUAACAAAAAAAGAUGAAAAUGACAAAAAAAAUGAUGAAAUUGAAGGUGAGUGAAUAUGAAAAUGACCUCAAAACUGACACACAGGGCUUGAAAAUGUUACGGGUUGACUUACACAGUGAACAUGACUCCUACUUAUCAAUGAGGAGACAUGAAGGUGAGAGAAAGUGAAGGUGGUGAAAGUGAAAUACAAAUAGAUGAACCUAUAGACAAAUAUGAGGUCCAGGGAAAGUGAUGAGGCUCUGAUAGUGAGAUAGUGAUAUAGUGAAGGUGAGGAGUGAACAUGAUUAAAAAAAAAACAUUAUAAAUCGCCCGAAAAUGAAGGAAAAGAAGUGAAAAUGAAGAAAAAACGUAAAAAAUAAGGAAAAAGUUUUGAAAAGCGUAAAAUGAAGAAAAGAAAAUGAAAAAA